UCCCUGUCGCCAGCAUCUGACGAAAAGCCCAAGGAAGGAGUCAAGACUGAGAACAACGAUCAUAUUAAUUUGAAGGUGGCGGGGCAGGAUGUCUCCGUGGUGCAGUUGAAGAUUAAGAGGAAUACACCACUUAGUAAACGAAUGAAAGCCUAUUGUGAACGACCGGGUUUGUCAAUGAGGCAGAUCAGAUUCCGAUUUGAUGGGCAGCCAAUCAAUGAAACAGACACACCUGCACAGCUGGAAAUGGAGGAUGAAGAUGCAAUUGACGUGUUCCAGCAGCACACAGGAGGUGUCUACUCAAAAGGGAACCUGCUACUUUAGUCCAGAAUUCUGUUCCUCCGGACCCAGAAGACGUUCUCAAUUAGAAAACCACAAUUUGGUUCCACCACAUCCUGACUACUACAGUAUAGUUUCUCUAUUCUUUCAUUUUCCCCUUCCCCAUUCCUUUAUUGUACCUAAAGUAACUGGUGUAUGUGCACAAGCAUAUUGCCUUUUUUUUUUUUAACUAAACGGCCAACGGUAUGUUUUGAUCGACAUCAAAUGGAGACGGAA